ACCCCACUUGGAGUUCAAGUAAUUGAUACCAACAAUAGUCUAUGGUUAUCAACAUCAGUGCAACAGACAGGUGACAUUAAUAAUGAUAUCCAAACAACUCCGUUGGUUGGUCAAGAAACUGAUACUAACAAUAGUCCAUGGUCAUCAACAUCAGUACAACAGACAAUUGUAACUAACAAUGACAUCCGACCAGCUCCACUAGUAGUAUGUCAAAUAAUUGAUACCAACAAUAGCCCAUGGUCAUCAUCAGUGCAACAGACAGUUGGAACUAGCAAUGAUACCCAAUCAGCUUCACUAGUAAUAUGUCAACUAAUUAAUACCAACAAUAGUCUACGGCCAUCAUCAUCAGUGCAACAGACAGGUGAAACUAACAAUGAUAUUCAACCAACCCCAUUAGUUGGUCAAGAAAUCGAUACCAACUAUAGUCCAACGUCAUCAACACCAGUGCAACAGACAGUUGGAACUAGCGAUGAUAUUCAACCAACCCUAUCAGUAGAUCAAGGAAAUAAAACCAGCAAUAGUCUGUGGUCAUCUGCAUCAAUAUACCAGGCGGAUAGAAUUAACGAAACUGCACAACCAAUCUCACUAAAACGUCAAGGAAAUGAAAGUGACAACGCUUCACAACUGUCAGUGUCAGUAGAUGAAAAUACUUCAUCUUACAACAAAGUUUCUCAAGAAAAUCCACCUGAUAAUAGUUCGCAAGUGAAAGGGAGCAGUUCAUUUUCUAUCGAUAAAGCUUCAAAACCAUGA